AUUUUUGACAAUGCAAAGAUAUACGCACAGCAUGUUUAAUCUCUUCCGCGAGUGCUGCUAGGGUUUUGUCCAUCGCAGUCCUAAGAAGCAGAGCCUCAGGCAGAAUCGAAAAUGGUGAAGAGUCGCCAAGGAGAGAAUGUCAGACUCUAUGUUCGAGGAACUAUUCUCGGAUACAAGAGGUCCAAGUCGAACCAAUACCCAAACACAUCUCUGAUUCAGAUCGAGGGCGUGAACACUAAGGAGGAGGUAGCUUGGUACUGUGGUAAGCGUAUGGCCUAUAUAUACAAGGCUAAGGUGAAGAAGAAUGGUACCCACUAUCGCUGCAUUUGGGGCAAGGUAACUAGGCCUCACGGUAACAGUGGUGUUGUUCGUGCCAAGUUCAAGUCUAAUCUCCCUCCCAGAUCUAUGGGAGACAGGGUCAGAGUCUUCAUGUAUCCCAGCAACAUAUAAGUGGUACGCUUGGUGGAGGAUGCAAGGUGGAAUAGUUGAAUUUGGAUCUUGCCCUUACAUGAGAGUUGAGCUUUUAGGUUUUGUUCUCAGGAGCAAUACUAGCUAGCUGCUUUUUAUUGUUUUGUUUGUUUAAUUUGUAUGGAUUUUGAAACAUGAGACAAUGUUCAUGGUUUAUCUCGAAAUUGAGAUCUAGUUUUUUGGCA